AUGCCCGUCAAUAUAACCUCCAUCAAGACCUCCUCAAAUGGUGCUUGGGAAGGUGACAAUUCCUUGGAUUUUGCAUUCCCCUUGCUGAUAGUCCAAACAACACUAAUUUUAGUGGUCAGUCGCCUCUUUGCUUUCCUUUUGAAACCCCUCCUCCAACCGAAAGUCGUUGCCGAGAUACUAGGUGGAAUUGUUCUUGCACCUUCAGCUUUGGGACGAAACAACAUUUACAUGCACCGAAUAUUCCCAAAAUGGAGCACUCCAAUGCUAGAAUCCGUAGCAAGCAUUGGUCUCCUCUUCUUUCUCUUCUUGGUUGGCCUGGAACUUGAUCUCUCUUCAAUACGCAGAGGUGGAAAAAGCGCAUUAAGCAUAGCCGCUGCCGGAGUUCCCCUGCCCUUCGUCCUCGGCAUCAGCGCGGCUGUCAUCUUCCGCAAAGCCAUAGAUGGGGCCGACAAAGUCGGCUACGCACAAUACCUGGUUUUCAUGGGCGUCGCACUCUCCAUCACCGCCUUCCCAGUCCUUGCUCGCAUCCUGGCCGAGCUUAAACUCAUCACCACUCGUGUCAGAGAGACCGCUAUGGCUGCGGCCGCGUUCAACAACAUAGCUGCAUGGAUCUUGCUAGCUCUAGCAUUAGCACUAGCCAGUGAUGGAGCUGACGGCGCACAAAAUCCGUUAAUAUCCUUAUGGGUUCUGCUCACGGGGGCUGGUUUUGUUGUUUUCACGAUGGUUUUCAUUAAGCCGGCCAUGAAGUGGAUUGGUCGGAGAUACUCGCCUGAGCAUGACACCGUCGAUGAGGCCUAUAUAUGCUUAACCCGCGGUGUUAUGGUGGCUGAUUUGGCAACUGAUUUUAUCGGAAUACAUGCAAUUUUUGGUGCAUUUGUUUUUGGAUUCACUAUACCCAAAGGUGGACAUUUUGCUGAGAGGCUGAUUGAAAGGAUUGAGGAUUUUUUUACCGGUUUGUUGCUAUCUUUGUAUUUUGCUAGUGGGUUGACGACUGAUGUUGCCAAAAUACAUGGUGCUGAAUCGUGGAGUCUUUUGGCUCUGAUGAUCGCCACGGCUUGCUCUGGCAAGAUUUUGGGAACGUUUUCGAUGGCCAUAUUGUGCAAGACACCUGCCAGAGAAGCGUUAACGCUUGGUGUGUUGAUGAAUACCAAAGGGUUUGUGGAGCUCAUUGUUCUCCACAUUGGCAAGGAGAAAAAGGUCCUCAACGAUGAGGCGUUUGCAAUAUUAGUCCUGAUGGCACCCUUUACAACGCUCAUAACAACUCCAACAGUGAUGGUCAUCUACAUUAACCGGCCAGGAUCUCACCGUAAGCUACAGUCAGUUUCUGCGAAAAGUGUCAAUGACAACGAGGAGGAGCUUCGAAUCCUGGCCUGUGUCCACGGCCCUACUAAUGUUCCUUCCCUCAUCAGCCUCAUGGAGUUCAUCCGUCCCACCAAUGUUAACUCCCGUCUCAAGCUUUACGUGAUGCACUUGGUGGAGCUGACUGAACGAUCCUCAUCAAUUGUCCUGGUGCAGCGGCUGCAAAAGAGUGGCUUUCCAUUCAUCAACCGUCUCUGGCACACUAAUUCAAUGUCAGACGGGGUGGCGGUGGCAUUCCAAGCCUAUGGCCAACUGGGCAAAAUCAGUGUUAGACCGACAACUGCAGUGUCUGCAUUGCCGACUAUGCAUGGGGAUAUUUGUCAUGUGGCUGAGGAUAAGAAGGUAGCAAUGAUCAUGGUCCCUUUCCACAAGUGGUGGAGGAAAACAGUAACCGAAGAUCCUGAGAAUGAUCAUGAUCAAUACGAAGAAUUAGUGCAAAAUGUACUUGGACAUUGUUGGAGAGGGGUUCACCAGAGGGUGCUCAGGGAGGCACCUUGUUCUGUUGCUAUGCUCAUGGACUGGGGAUUCGGUAGCGAGUCGUUGAAGUCUCUGCCACCCGCCUCCUCAGCUAGAAAAUGAGUUUGUAUUCUCUUCUUCGGUGGGGCUGAUGAUAGAGAGGCUUUAGAGUUAGGGGCACGGAUGGCGGAAAAUCCUGUUGUUAAAGUCAUAGUUCUUAUAUUUGUCAUCCCUAGAGAUGGCAGAAUUGAUCAAACUACAAUAACAGCAAAGAAGGUGAAGGAAAAGGAUUUGGACGAGGAGGCUGUGGCAGUGUUCCGAAGUCUGUGGAAAGGCAUGGCGGACUACAAAGAGAAGGCGAUGAGCAACACUGUGGAGGAGGUGCUGAGAAUAGGAAGGAGUGGAGAUUUUGAGCUAAUUGUGGUGCGAAAAAGGAGGUGUUGCCCUCCAACUGGGCUUGCGGAGCUGGUUGAGCGGCAGCCAAAGCAUGUGGAAUUAGGACCCAUCGGGGAUUUAUUAGCCUCAUCAGACCAAGGGAUAGUGUCUUCCACUCUUGUCAUUCAACAUCAUGGUGACACAGCCCAUGAAGAGGAUGUCCUCCAAUCAAAACUGUCGAAUACUUAG